AUGAAAACAGACGAUUUGGGAGGAAAGUUGGUCAUAAAAGUCCAACUUGGUGAUGAUUUGCGUCGUAUCCUUAUUCAUAAUGAAGAAUUAACGCUCGACGAGCUCGUUUUGAUGUUACAGCGCGUAUUCAAGCCUCAAUUAGAUAAUCUGGAAAGCUUUACUAUAAAAUAUAAAGAUGAAGAUGAUGAAUAUAUUACUAUUGCGGAGGAGUUUGACCUUUCCUAUGCUAUUCACUCCAAUAAGACUCUUCGUCUGAAAAUUUUUGUGCCUCAUACAGACCAAUCUUGCGUCGAAUCCAUAAAAGCAGUCGCUCCGUCUCAUUCUAGUGCGGAUACCACCUCAAUCGUAUCCCAGAUAAAUCGUAUCCACGAUGAAAUUAAACAACUAGCUGGAAAGUUUGAAGAAUUUUUCUUUAACUUCAAAGACGAAUCGAGACCAUGCCCUCAUGAAUCAGCUAAACCUUCAUCAACGACUGAGCCCCCUAGUAAUACUUUAUCCGACGCUGAGCCACCGAAACUGAAUUCUUUUACUCCAAAACCUUUGGAAUCGGUUGUCCCAGCUUUUGCACCGCAUAAGCCUGCAGAUUUGGCACCCUCUUCUCAUCCGAUUCCACUUUCUAAUCCAUCGUCAACACUUGAUUCAUUCAUAUCCUCAAAUCUCAGUGGACCUUCGGGUGGCCAGCACUCAAUGGCACCAACAUCUGCUGCAUCAGCACAGCCUCCUAUCCUUCCUACCGCUACUUCAUUGGCUACUAAUAGCCCUGCGCCACAAAAUCCAUCAGCUUCAGCACCACAGCCACAGCAGCCGGCACUUUUGCCAACUGCCUACUUGCCUCAACAAAGCGGUGGUCCUUCAUCGCUUUUGGGUCAGGGACCGCCACCGCGCCCUGCCUUCAUGGGUGGACCUAUGCCUCCACCUCAACAGCAAUAUGGUGGUAUGCCCCAACCACCAUUCUUGCAUCAGCCUCGACCAAUUUCCACUGUUUCAAAUACCCCUUCGCAACAAUUGAUGGGUGGUCAAAUCCAAGGCCCACCACCUCCACCAAUGCCACCGUCGAUUUCAAUGAUGUCUCAGCCGCCCCAAUUGUCAAUGAGUGGCAUUAGUAGUAGCGGCAUGAUGCCACCACCCCCUGCCAUGUCGAUGAGCGGUGUUAAUAUUGGCAAUAUGGUACCACCACCUCCACCAAUGGGGGCCGGCGUUAAUCGAUUCCCCCCUGCCGUCCCCUCAGGUGGUGGAAUGAUACCACCACCACCACCACCAAUGGGAGGUAUGGGACCUCGUGCACCUCCACAACCUCAAGCACCCUUACAACUUGGUGGUCCCCCUAUGUGUGGAGGAGCGUACGAUCAACGUCCAAUGUAA